GGCUGUAAUAAAAUACGGAAGGAAUAUAUUUAUUGGUGUUGACCCGUGAGUAUUCGUCAGCAUUUUAGUGUUUUCCCCGGAAGAUUUGGUGUACUCGGACCUUAAUUUUUGUAAAUUUUACGCAGGAAAAGAAAAGAAAACAAAAAAAAUUCUUUCAGCUACAAUUAGACUAUAUUCUAUGAGAAACCAUGAGUCUUUUUGGGUCUACUUCCUCAACUUUUGGGAACACAAGUAGUGCAGGGGGAAUGUUUGGGGCAGCGAGUGCUACAAAUUAUAAUGCCAUGAAAGACAUUGAAGUAACCUCUCCUCCAGAUGAUAGUGUCAGCUGCCUUAAGUUCAGUCCAGAAUCUAUGAUGCAGUCAACGUAUCUUGUAGCUGGUAGUUGGGAUAACAAUGUACGAUGUUGGGAGGUACAACAAUCUGGAACUAUUGUGCUAAAGGCUCAACAAACGCAUACUGGGCCAGUACUUGAUGCUGAUUGGAGUGAUGAUGGAACUAAAGUAUUCACAGCAUCAUGUGACAAGACAGCAAAAAUGUGGGAUUUGAACAGUAAUCAGUUUGUACAAAUAGCUCAGCAUGAUGCUCCAGUGAAAACUGUACACUGGGUGAAAGCUCCAAACUACACUUGUGUCAUGACUGGCAGCUGGGAUAAAACUCUGAAGUUCUGGGAUACCAGACAAGCCACUCCUAUAAUGAACAUUGCCUUACCAGAAAGAUGCUAUUGUGCUGAUGUGAAAUACCCAAUGGCAGUUGUUGGCACAGCUGGUAGAGGACUGAUUAUAUACCAGCUGGAAAAUCAGCCACAGGAAUUCCGAAAAUUUGAGUCACCACUUAAAUAUCAGCAUCGAUGUGUCAACAUUUUCAUGGACAAGAAGACCAAUCAGCCAACAGGAUUUGCCCUCGGCAGUAUUGAAGGCCGGGUGGCGAUUCAUUAUGUUAAUCCAACAAAUCCCAAAGAUAACUUCACAUUUAAAUGCCAUCGAGCAAAUGGUUCCACAUCAAACAAUAUGCAAGAUAUUUAUGCUGUGAAUGAUAUAGCAUUCCACCCCGUCCACGGUACCCUGGCAACAGUGGGUUCUGAUGGCAGAUUCAGUUUCUGGGACAAGGAUGCAAGAAUUAAACUUAAAACUUCAGAACAAUUUGAUCAACCCCUGACUGCAUGCAACUUCAACCCACAAGGAAAUAUCUUUGCAUAUGCCACCAGUUAUGAUUGGUCAAAGGGUCAUGAAGGCCUGGACCCUCAGAAGAUGAAGCCUCAUAUAUUCCUGAGAAAAUGUUUUGAUGAGUUGAAACCAUCAACGAAAAAAUCUUAAAAUAACUGCCAUGGCGUCACAGAGCAAUGAGCCAGCUGGAGAGAGCAUUAUCUUCGUCAGUUGUAAAAUCAAAAACCUCCAGACUACAUGACUUGCAUAAAUGAUCAUUGUUUGCAAUUGAAGACAAUAGGAAUAUACAUUCUACCUUCCCAUAGAAUAAAAAGGUCUUGAGUAAAAAUAACGAGUUUUCGAGUAAAAAUGAUAAAAAUUCUCAGGUAAAAUAACAAUAAAUCUUUGACGGAAAUAAUAACAGUUCAUGAGAGAAAUUGUAAUUAAAGUUCUUGAGUGAAAAUAAUAGUACUUCUAGAGUAAAAUUAAAACAGAUCUUGAGUAAAAAUGAUAUUUCUUAAGUUAACAUACUAUGACACUUAAAAGAAGAGAGAGAAAAGAUUGGUCAGUUAUAUUGUGCUUUAUUGUUGUUGUAUAACUUACAGCAUAUAUAUGAUGUAAAUGUAAGAUGUAAAUAUGUGAACACUUUAACAGCAUGGAGCUAUGGAUGUAUAAAUACAAUGUAUUAUAUUGACCUGUUGUAUUAGUUUGGGUUGUUGGUUGCUGACUCAGAUUUAAUAAAAUAAUUAACUUGAAAA